UUCACUUAUCCUCACUCGGUGGUCGAAACCCAAACCAGAAAAGUGAACCCUAGCUUUGUUUCCGCUCCGCUUCUCUUUCUCUGUCUAUUAUCUCUCUUUGUAAUUCAAUCAAAUCCAUGGCGAAGAAGCGAAAGCUCGCAGCCAAACCCAAACCAGAGCCAUCGAAAACCGUAGAAGAAGAACAACAGCAACAACCAGAGCAAGAAGAAGAAGAAGAAGAAGAAGCUUCCUACGAAGUCUAUGAAGAAGAAGUAGGCACCGGCGAUUCAGAGGUCCCAGAAGGUGGAGAAAAAGAUAACGAGGAAAUAGCAACGAAGGAAAAUGUCCAAGGAACCUCAAACCCAAUAUCAUUGACUGCAAACACGACCAUGGAUGAUGAUGAUGAUGAUGACACUGAAGAACCUGUUGAGAAGCUAUUAGAACCGUUUAACAAGGAACAACUGAUCGAUCUCCUUCGUGAGGCUGCAGAAACUCACCUUGAUUUGUUGGAUCGAAUCCGUAAUGUCGCAGAUGUGGAUCCUGUGCAUCGCAAGAUCUUUGUCCAUGGUCUUGGUUGGGACACUAAUGCGGAAAUCCUAAUCAAUGCUUUCAAGCAAUACGGUGAGAUCGAGGACUGUAAUGCUGUUUGUGAUAAGAUUUCUGGGAAAUCUAAGGGUUAUGGGUUCAUACUCUUUAAGCAUCGCAGUGGGGCUCGUAGAGCCCUAAAUCAGCCGCAGAAGAGGAUUGGGAAUCGGAUGACGUCCUGUCAGUUGGCCUCGGCAGGGCCAGUUCCGGCAGCGCCACCAGCAGUGCCACUGGCUUCAGAGUAUACGCAAAGGAAGAUUUAUGUCAGCAAUGUAUCGGCCGAUAUUGAUCCUCAGAAGCUGCUUAAUUUCUUUGCCAAGUAUGGAGAGAUUGAGGAGGGACCGUUAGGGUUAGAUAAGCAGACUGGGAGGCCGAAGGGGUUUACGCUGUUCGUCUACAAGACGAUCGAGAGUUCGAAGAAGGCUUUGGAAGAGCCACACAAGAAUUUCGAAGGUCAUAUUUUGCACUGUCAGAAGGCAAUCGAUGGGCCGAAGCCAAACAAGCAAUACUACCAUCACCAUAGCCAACACCACCCUCAGCGUGGCUCACAUUAUCAGAGAAAUGAAAGCCCUAAUUUUACAGGGACUAUGGGGAACCAUGGGUCUGCUGCUACUCCGGGGCACAUGAUGGCCCACAGCCCGGCUGGGGUGCCAUUCAACCAGGCAGCUACGCAGGCAUUGAACCCAGCGCUGGGACAAGCCCUAACGGCGUUGCUUGCAACCCAGGGUGCUGGAUUGGGGCUGACUAAUUUGCUUGGCACACUUGGGUCAGCUGGGGUUGGGGCACCAGUGAACCAAACCGCAACCCCGAUGGUGAACAACACAAGCCAUGGAAUGCAGGGUGUGUAUGGGAGUCAGCCUGUUGCGAGUAAUAUCAGCCCUGGUGUGAUGGGAGUUUACGGGAACCAGCCUGCUAUACAAAGUGGAUAUCCGAAUGUGCCUAUGGGGCAGGCCAAUGCUGGUAGAUCACUUCAGGGUCACAUGGGUGGAGGUGCACCUUACAUGGGUCAUUAGGUAAGGCACAGAUACUUCUAGGUCCAUCAACCUUUUAGUCAUGGACUGGUGAUUCUUCUGAAGUUCAAGGAGUUCAUGCAAAUGCGAUUUCUGUCUUUGUGAUAAAAGUGUUGCUUUUUCAUUAUCAUAAAAUACCAGAACUUAGGCUUUUGUCAAGUGGAGUUACAGUCUUAUAUUUUCUUUCCUCCAUUUAAAUCUUUCAAUCUUCUUAAAACUAUGUACUAUGUAGAAUUUCAAAAUUUACUUUUCUUUUAAGCUCUGUGAAAUCGUUUGGGUCAUCAAGUAUACAACUUUAUGUACGUUUUUGGUGUUGAGAAGUAUUAUAAUCGACAAAUCCAUAUUUUGUAUGGGCUGGAUGAUACUUGCAGGACAUCAUAUACUGUAUUGAAUAUAAUUAUUUUGUGAUAUCUUUAUUACAAAUGUAAUGAUAAACUCUGGUUUCCAGUCCUGAA